AUGGUUAAAGGGAGCUGCUGUUUUCUCGUUUGUCCGCCGCACCACGCCGUCUACAGCCGUCUACAGCCGUUUACAGCUGUUUACAGCCGUCUGCAGCCCUACCCCGGCCGUCUGCAGCCCUACCCCGGCCGUCUGCAGCCCUACCCCGGCCGUCUGCAGCCCUACCCCGGCCGUCUGCAGCCCUAUCCCGGCCGUCUGCAGCCCUACCCCGGCCGUCUGCAGCCCUACCCCGGCCGUCUGCAGCCCUACCCCGGCCGUCUGCAGCCCUACCCCGGCCGUCUGCAGCCCUACCCCGGCCGUCUGCAGCCCUACCCCGGCCGUCUGCAGCCCUAUCCCGGCCGUCUGCAGCUCUAUCCCGGCCGUCUGCAGCCCUACCCCGGCCGUCUGCAGCCCUACCCCGGCUGUCUGCAGCCCUAUCCCGGCCGUCUGCAGCCCUACCCCGGCCGUCUGCAGCCCUACCCCGGCUGUCUGCAGCCCUAUCCCGGCCGUCUGCAGCCCUACCCCGGCCGUCUGCAGCCCUAUCCCGGCCGUCUGCAGCCCUAUCCCGGCCGUCUGCAGCCCUACCCCGGCCGUCUGCCUCCCACCAAAAGCCCCCGGCCUCCACCAAAAGCCCUCAGCCUCCCUCAAAAGCCCCCAGCUGCCACCAAAAGCCCCCAGCUGCCACCAAAAGCCCCCAGCCUCCACCAAAAUCCCCCGGCCUCCACCAAAAGCCCCCAGCUGCCACCAAAAGCCCCCAGUCUCCACCAAAAGCCCCCAGCUGCCACCAAAAGCCCCCAGCUGCCACCAAAAGCCCCCAACCUCCACCAACAUCCCCCGGCCUCCACCAAAAGCCCCCAGCUGCCACCAAAAGCCCCCGGCCUCCACCAAAAGCCCCCAGCUGCCACCAAAAGCCCCCAGCCUCCACCAAAAGCCCUCAGCCUCCCUCAAAAGCCCCCAGCUGCCACCAAAAGCCCCCAGCCUCCACCAAAAGCCCCCAGCUGCCACCAAAAGCCCCCAGCCACCACCCAAAUCCCCGGGCCUCCACCAAAAGCCCCCAGCCUCCACCAAAAUCCCCCAGCUGCCACCAAAAGCCCCCGGCCUCCACCAAAAUCCCUCAGCCACCACCAAAAUCCCCCAGCUGCCACCAAAAGCCCCCAGCCUCCACCAAAAGCCCCCAGCCUCCACCAAAAGCCCCCAGCUGCCACCAAAAUCCCCGGGCCUCCACCAAAAGCCCCCAGCCUCCACCAAAAGCCCCCAGCCUCCACCAAAAUCCCCAGCUGCCACCAAAAUCCCCGGGCCUCCACCAAAAGCCCCCAGCCUCCACCAAAAUCCCCCAGCCGCCACCAAAAGCCCCCGGCCUCCACCAAAAUCCCCCAGCCACCACCAAAAUCCCCCAGCUGCCACCAAAAGCCCCCAGCCUCCACCAAAAGCCCCCAGCCUCCACCAAAAUCCCCCAGCUGCCACCAAAAUCCCCGGGCCUCCACCAAAAGCCCCCAGCCUCCACCAAAAUCCCCCAGCUGCCACCAAAAUCCCCGGGCCUCCACCAAAAGCCCCCAGCUCCCACCAAAAGCCCCCAGCCUCCACCAAAAGCCCUCAGCCUCCACCACCUCUACCAAAAGCCUCUAA